UCGCCAUGUCAUGCCCAUUAGUUUAAAUAGCGCACUGAAUUGCGCAGUGGGAGUUUUAUAGCUAUAGUAAGCUCUGGCUGUUUACAUGGUUGUUUAGUUGCUGGAGACGUGUCACGACUCAGACGUCUGACGCAAGAAAGAAUUCACUAAAGUUUUCAACGGUAAAAGAAUGGCAGAGGAACGUUUGGAUAUCGUUAUUUUUGGGGCGACAGGCUUCACCGGUCAACGUGUCGUUAAGGAGGCUGCUCGUUUAUCAAAAGAAAAAGGAAUCACAUGGGGUGUGGCUGGCCGUCGUCAGGAAGUUCUGGAGGCACUUGUCGCAUUUGCUGAAAACAUUCCGGUAAUAGUUGCCGACUUGAAGGAUGAAGAAUCUCUGAAGAAGAUGGCUGAGCGUGCCAAGGUAAUCGCGAACUGUUGUGGACCAUACAGAUUUUAUGGAGAGGCGGUUGUAAAGGCUUGUAUCGCCGCUAAAACUCAUCACGUGGACGUUAGUGGAGAACCUCAGUACAUGGAAAAAAUCCAGCUCGAAUAUAACAAAGCAGCAAAAGAAGCCGGCGUAUAUGUGAUCAGCGCCUGUGGUUUCGACAGUAUUCCGUCCGAUCUUGGAAUAAUUUUCACUGAAGGUAAAUUCGAUGGUGAAGUGAACAGCAUUGAGACUUACUUGAAAGGUUGGAACACUUCAAAUGCCGGGGGAGCGGGUCUUCAUUAUGGUACGUGGGAGUCUGCUGUUUUUGGCAUAGCACAUUACAAUGAGUUGCGUGAACUUCGCUCCAAACUUUUCACCGAAAAGCUGCCCAAGUUGGAGCCGAAACUUAAACCCAGAGGCACUAUUCACAAGAGUUCUAUCUCCAAUGGAUGGUCCACAAUCUUCCCGGGUUCCGAUCGUUCAGUGGCACUUCGCACACAACGCAUUUUAUAUGAAAAAGAAAAGAAGAGGCCUGUUCAAGUUCAAUCGUAUAUCACGUUCGAAUCCCUCUGGCAAAUAUUUGUAAUUGCUAUCAUAGGCGGAGUAUUUUCUCUACUAGCAAAAUUCGGAUGGGGCCGAAAUCUUUUACUGAAGUACCCAAAGUUCUUCUCAGGCGGAAUGACGAGUCGUGAAGGACCUUCAGAGGAGUUUAUGAAAGGUUCCCACUUUUCAAUAACAUUCAAGGCUGUGGGCUGGGCAGAAAAGUUGGCAGAGCCAACUGACCAGCACAAGGAACCACCAAAUAAGGAAUUGAUCACUAAAGUGAGCGGCCAAGAUCCAGGCUAUGGACUCACAGCCACAACUUUGCUUUUUUCAGCUCUUAUGAUUCUACGAGAAGCGGAUAAAAUGCCUGAUAACGGAGGAGUCUUCCCCCCUGGUGCUGCAUUCGCAAAAACAUCAAUGAUCGAAGAGCUCAAUAAAAAUGGUUUGACCUUUGAAGUAGUCUCGUCCAUCGAGAAGUAAAGAUAAUAUAACGUUAUGCGUGCUUCUUCGGUAAUUAUUCCAACGCGCUAAAAACGCCCUUAUUGUUGUAAGGCUAAUUUUUAUAUAUUUUAUUUUACUACCUAUAGACUUAAGGAUAUUCACAGGUGAUUUGUGAUUAUAUUUUCCAGUGUGUGAUAGAAAGUUAGUCAAGCUAUUUAGUAGCUCUUACGAAUUUUUUAUACGUCUCGAAUUUUUUUGUUUGUGUAGACAUCACCCAAAACAUUUUUAUUAUUCAUCACGGUAUUAGUUGAUCCAUCAUUUUGGUUUUUUGCCAUUUUUAUAUUAAUGUUAGAUACUCGGCAGAGUAUAAAAUUUUGAAUUGUAUUUAAAAAAGUACUUUUGUGUAGACGGAAUUAAGUUAAAAUUUUAAUUCAUAUAGAAAUAGACUGAUGUGAGCGUCACAAGAGAUCACAAUAUCAUUUUCUGACCUUAUGCAUUUUUUGAAUAUAAGAAAGAAAGAAAGAACAAACACUAUUUAUAUUACUUUACAUAAAAAUUUGAUGUGCCAUGUUGAAAUAAUUCAAAGAAUCUUUCUGUUUGAAAAACAAAAAUAUUGAGGUAUAUAUUAUUUAAAAAGUAAAAUUAGUAUAUAUUGCGUAUUAAAGCAUCUGUUUAAAUUAUAAUAUAUAUAUAUUGCAGAAAAUGUUAUUUUGAUAUAUUAAAUAUAUAAAUAUAUAUUCGGUAAAAUGCGUGUAUAUCGUAGUUUACAUUUUUAACACGUUUUAAUAAAAUUAAGUGCUAAUAGCCAUUGUAUACAAAGGUAAUAUAAUACAUUAUUCGAAUC